AUGGAGUUAUCUGACGAAACAGAAUCUAUUGUUGUUGCAAUUGACGGAGCUGUAAACGAUGGUAUUAGUCACAGACUCACGAUUGACAGAGCAGUAAAUGAAGGGUCAAACGAAUUAUUAAAUGAAGCAAUAACCAAAGGUUAUCACGAUGGUAUUAGUCACAGACUCACAAUUGAUGGAGCAGUAAAUGAAGGGUCAAACGAAUCAUUAAAUGAAGCAAUGACUGAAGGUUAUCACGAUGGUAUUAGUCACAGACUCACGAUUGACGGAGCAGUAAACGAAGGGUCAAACGAAUUAUUAAAUGAAGCAAUGACCGAAGGUUUUCAUGAUGGUAUUAGUCACAGAUUCACGCUUGACACGGACUCUUCUGAUGAAGAAUCAGAUUUUUCUUCGCUUAAAAUAAAGUGUGAAUGGAGGGUAAAUGCAAAUAUUUCAAAAAGUACAUUACUAAUUACUUUCACUACUGUUGUGGAUAAGCACAAUCACCCUAUGGUACCUUCACCUACAACUAACAUCGCCAAAUAUCGGAAACUUGGUGACGACAUGGUUGAAUUUAUUGAAUUCUGCGUACAUCAUGGUGUAACUAGUGCACAAAGCAUUGGACGUCUUUUGAGAGGAAAGUUUCCUGGAAGUAAGGUUUAUGAAAAGAGUCUUUAUAAUUUGAUUCAAGCAGCAAAAAAAAAAUUAGUAACACAGGUUGAAUUUGAUGCGUCAGAUCUCAUGAGGCAAUUAUAUUCACAGCAAGCUGAAGAUUCACGUUGGUUUGUAGAGGCUAAAUUUGAGAAAGAGGAGCAAUUACUCGAUAAAGAAUCUGAGUAUGUAAGAGUUGAAGAAUAUAAAGAGCAGAUCCCUAUGACCGGUCUUCCAACUAUUAUAACAACCUACUUUAAUUCUAUCGAGAAGGCUGUUUCACAGUAUCUUUUACCUCGAAUAGUAUUUACCGAGCAAGUAAAUAUCGAUUAUAUUGAGGGAGCACAGGAAGAUAAUUACGAAGUUCCAAAAAUUUAUCUUGCAGAUAUUAUGUCAACAAUUAAACAAGAUCAGAUC